CAUUCAACCUUUUGGCGAGAAGUUAGCAAUGGUUAUGAAAUUGAAGAUUUCGUAUUCCAUGAUAAUAAUAAUGAUCAAAGUAUUGCGUUACCAGAAGUUGUCGCGAAACAGUUUGCAGUGUGCUUUGGACUACGCAGUUGGGAACUGCAAUAUCUUAGACCUGGUGGUCUCUGGGGACUGCUUACGAGUUGAUCGAAACGAUAAUUGUUUUAGCGACAACGUAAUGACCGUUCGACAGCCAACAACGUGGAGCACAGCCAUGACCAGCCAGCCGGAGACCGAAUUUACCGAAGAUGAAACACCCUCGAUAACCACACAUGUUACAACAUCAACCACUGUGGCGUCUACGACUUCUACAACAGAAGCGCCCGACAUCCCGGACAACGUAGAUCUUCUUCUGAACCAAACCCAAAUUUUAUUAGAUCAAGCUCAAUUACUCUUAAAGAUAGUUCAGGGACAAAUUUGAUGCUGAGUUAUGACGAUUUUAAUAUUUCUUAAAAUAAACGACUUAAAAUAUGACAAAAUGACUUAAAAUAAAUGAUGAGCUGAGAAUAA